AAGACCGUUAAUUUGCCCUGUUCCAUCCCCGGCCCUGGAGUCGGGGUGUAGUUGGCUGGCUCCCUCGUGGCUCGUGGCUCGUGGGUCGGCCGAGCGUCCCGUGGAGUUCCCAGUCCCCGACGAGCACCGCGGGGCCCGGGCCACGAUGGACUUCCCCAGCUCCCUUCGACCCACGCUGUUCGUGGCUGGCCCCCUUGGUCUGAGUAAUGUCCCUGACUUGUCCUUCAUGUGUAGCUGGAGAGAUGCCCUGAUGCUGCCGGAGUCCCUGCCCGAGAACUCUGAGAAUGGGGCGCCGCACAUGGCCACGCAGCUGCUCUGGGAGCCAGAGACCCCUGGACCCCUUCCUCUGCUGCUUCCUGGUCCUGAUCCCUGGGACCCUGGGGUGACUGCCCAGGACCUGCUUUUCCGGGGAGGUUUCACGUUCCGAAGGAAGCCCCAAGCCGUGCUGGACGUUACGGAACAGCUCAGCCGCUUCCUGUGGGACCAUGGGGACAUAGCCUUUGCACCCCUGGGGAAGCUGAUGCUGGAGAAUUUCAAACUGGAGGGAGCACGGAGCCGUUCUAAGAAGAAGACAGUGGUCAGUGUGAAGAGCCUACUCCAGGACCUCGGUGGACACCAGCCCUGGGGCUGCCCCUGGGCUUUCCUCAGCUACCGACAGCGCCGCUUCUCCAUCCUCGGGGGCCCUGUCCUGGGCAAGUCAGUGGCCAGCCUCCUCGGGGAGCUGCUGCACGAGGAGCUGGCCGUGCGGUGGGAGCAGCUGCUCCUGGACGACGCGUUCACCGGGGGCGCUUUGGCCUGGGUGCCCGGGAGGACGCCCCAGGUGGGACAGUUGGUCUAUCCGGCGGGAGGUGCUCUAGACAAGCUCUGUUUCCAAGAGGUCAGUCUGACCUCAGGCGGUGAUGCUCAGGCUCUUGGGGACCCUGGCCACAUCCAGCUCCGCGGACCUGUCCGGCAGGUGGUGACCCGCACUGUGCAAGGGGAAAGUGAGUCCUUUGGACACCUCCCUUCCCGCCUGCCUCCCUCCCUCGCUGACUUGCUCCCUUACUCUGACCUUCUCCGUCCCUCAGCCCUGCUGGCUGUCCGCUCGGACUACCACUGCGCCCUGUGGAAGGUCAGCAAGCAGGGGCAGCCCGCCCCUCUCCAGGUGCUGCAGGCCGGGAAGGGGGCCACUGGGAUCAGCCUCAGCCCACACCUGCCCGGGGAGCUGGCUGUCUGCAGCCGUUCCGGAGCCGUCUGUCUGUGGACCCCCCAGGACGGGCUGCAGCAAGUCUACAAGGACCCUGAGACCCUUGUGUUCUGUGACCCUUCUCCCUGGCGCUGGGCAGACUUCACCGCUCAUCCCCGGGUGCUGACUGUGGGGGACCGCACAGGAGUGAAAAUUAUUGACACUCAGGGCCCACCCGGCUGUGGUCUGCUGCUUUUUCGUGGGGGCGCAGAGGCAUCAUGCCAGAAAGGAGAACGUGUCCUGCUGACCCAGUACCUGGGGGCGUGCAGCCCCGAGCCCCUGCCUCCUACACUCCAUCUCAUCUGUACGCAGUUUUCGCUCUACCUGGUGGAUGAGCGCCUCCCCUUGGUGCCCAUGCUGAAGUGGAACCAUGACCUCCCCUCGGCUCCCCUAUGGGCCCAGCUGUUGCCCCCGCCACGGCCCGGCUGCCCACGGCCGCUGCUCCUGGGCGCCCAGCACGGGCACCUGCGGCUGCUACACCUUACAGGAGAGGGGACCUCUGCACCCAGGCUGGCGGGGCCCCCCCAGUCUCUCCCUUCCAGCAGCGACUCCCUCUCCGCGUUUCCCCUGCUGGAGCCCAAGAGUCAAUGGCGGCUGCAGGAGCGUCUGAAAGCGCCGACCAUAGGUCUGGCUGCCACCAUCCCUUUCCCGGCUUCCGAGCCAGUCCUGUCGCUCUUCCAGCUCUCAGCAGCCGGGGAUGUCUUCUACCAGCGCCUCCGCCUCCAGGCAGACCCCGGGGCUACCCUCCAUGCCCCCACGGCUUCCUGGACUCCCCAGGCCACUGCAUGCUGCAGCCGAUGGCUGAAGGCCCUGCUGGAGGUGCCCCCGCCUCCCCCUGUGUGGGCGGCACCCACCUUUUCCCACCGCCGUCUGCUGGGCUGCAUGGAGCAGAGGACGGGGGAGCGCAAGGGGCCAGAGGGUCUCCGAGCGGCCAUGGCUGGAGGGAGGCUGCUGCAGCAGAGGGACCUGGGCCCACUCCCCUCUGCGGAGCCGCCCCCUGCCCCCGAGCCGGGCCCCGAGGACGAGCUCAGCGCACGUUUGGAGGCGGCCUGGGAAGGCCAGAUGGCGGGCUGGUGGGACAGGCAGCGGGGCCGGAGCUCCGGGCCCGGCAGACCGCCCAAGCGGCACAAGCGCCGGACUCAGCUGUCCAGCACUUUCUCCUCGCUCAGCGGCCGCCUGGGCCUCUCGGAUGCCACCAGCCCCCCUCGUAGCCCAGACCGCGAAUCCCCCGAAGCCAAGCCUCGACCACCGGUGACCCCGCCCUCCCAUGAGUCGACUCAGAAGCUGUGGGCUCGUGUCCCCUCGGAGCGGCGGCAGACUCUCCGCGACUACAUGGCGAAGCUGCCGCUCGGAGGGGACAGCCCGCGUGGGGUCUGCUCACCCCUCUCCCAGAGCCCCAGCCUCCGGGCCACCCCCUCCAGGUCGCAGACCCCCCAGGAAGGCACAGCCGAGCUGCCGCCACGAAGGGCCACCCUGAGAGGUGCUGCUGUGUCCUCCUCCCAGACCUCCAGCCUCCGGGCCACCCCCUCCAGGCAGCGGGCACCCGUCCCCUGUGGCUCUCAGCCCCAGCGGAAGAAGCCGCGCAUGGGCUUCUGAGGGCCCCAGGGGAGCUGGUCCCCCUCUGGGGAGCCCUUCAUCCCGGACCUGCUGUGCCUUCUGUGGUUGGAAGCUGGGAAGUGGGAAGAGAACAGUCCCCGGGGCACAGGUCUUCCUGUUUCAGAGCAACGGGAACAGCAGGAUAGUUGUUUCCUCUCCUUACACUUUUGCUAGAAGGUCAUUCCGGAGGCAUGUUGAGUCGGCCCUCGUGGUCCUGUCCUGAAGGGCUGUGUCGUGGGGAUUCCCUCCAGGAGAUGGUGGGCCGCGCUGCCCAGGAGCUGGGGCUGUUGCCCCCUCCCCCCAAGACACCGGGGUGAUGGAAGGGCACCUGCUCCUCGCCGCACUCACGGGGAGCUGCUGGGCAGCCGCUCAGUCUGUGUCGGUUAAGUGGCGUCUGCUGUGAUCAGACGUUUCACAGAGGGAGACACUUGGAACCCACGUUUAGGACCUGAAUAAGCCUGGCAGCGGCCCCUGCAUCCCUUCUUCCGAAGCGUGUGGCUCUGUGGAAGGCUUUGCUCCCCUGUGGGGAAACCUGCCCUCAGAAUGUCCCAAGACACCAGCAUUUGCUCUAGAUUUCUCCUCGCACGUGUGAGUGCUGCUUUUCUCAGGGAACCUGGUGGAAGGAGUCGCACAGGACUCGCGCGCAUGUGAAACGACCCAGUAACACGGGAACUCACGCGGAUACUAAAAUGUCUGUAAUGCUCGGUUACACAACUUCUGCCCCAGAGACCCUGGGAUGUCACGUUCUGCUUUGAGCGCAGGAACACAGUGGUGCACGCUUGCAUGGGGUCAGCAGAUGGGGGGGUGCGCCGAGUGCUCUCAGGAACUGUGACUCUUUGGAAGGAAGGGGAGCCCAGCCAAGGGGGUGACCUGCACCCAUAGGGGGGCCUUUAGCUCUGGGCUCACUGUCCCCGUUAGUCUAGGGACGAAAGAGCCACCUUGGGGUUCAGUCCAAGCCAAAUUCAAUGUCCUCCCGGUCUUCUCCCGCCUCGGGCUCAGCGAGCUCUGUCUCAGCCUGCACCUCGUUCUCCUCCGUGACCUCACCUGAGGAGGCAGGAGAGAAGAUAUCUGUGUUCUCGGGACCUGUGCUUGCCCUCGAGUCAGGUACCGACCCUGGCUGCCGGCUAGUGUUGCGUUAGAACCACUUGGGCUCAGCAGAGGCCCAGCGACAGGACUCCACACUGCCCUGCCCCGUUUGCCCAUUACCUGUGAGCGCUACCCCACGUUCCCCAUGUGCCUCUCCCUGGCCAUGUGCCUGAGCCUCUAGUUCCCGGCCAGGCCGACUGGUCAGCUGGUGACUUGUCCCACCCAGCCGGGUGCUCUGGCCACCCUUCCCCGCCAGCACCACCCCUCUCAGCAUUCACCUGUACCCGCAGGCCAGCAGUCCCCCUCAUUUUGUCCCACACUCCCUGUCAUCGUGUCACCAGAGCCUGCCCACCCUCAGAAACCUGGGUCUGGAGAGGCUGAGGAUCGGGUGGUGUGGACGGGGGUGAAAACCCGGGUUCUCCAGACCUGCGUGGUGAUUGGCAGCCCUGGUCAGGCCGACCAGGAGCAGGUCGGCUGUGCGGCUUCUCUGGCCAGGCCAGCAGCAGCCGUGGGCAGGGACACAAUCCACAGUGGCCUCCAGCCCAGCAGCUGCUCCUCCCACCAGGGUGGGUAGCAGGGGGCAUGGGCCCCCAUGGUCUUAAAAUUAGGGUGGCAUUACCUGGGGGCGAGGCUGAUAGUAGGUCACUGUCCCUGUCCUCACUGGGAGUGGGUGGUGGGGCGUCCUGAUGGCAGGUUGGGGGCAUUGGUGGCUGGCCUGAAGCUUGCUCGCCGGGGAGUUCCUGGAUCAGCGGGCGUGGGGCCUUGGUGUCUCCUGUUGGUGUUUCCGAGUCCCUCUUGGCUGCUGCUUCACAUAUGGUGGAGAAGGGCGUCGAAGCCUUCCUCCACGUGUCCCUGGGGAUGGCGAAUAUGUUUGAAAGGGCAUCAGAGGUGUUUUCUGGCACUGGGAGUGAGGAGUGGUCCAGUUCAGGGUCACUGUCAUCACUCAAGCUCGAGAUGGCUGUGAUCUUUGGAAAGCACAUCUGUUAAGAAAGAGUGAAAAUUGCUGCUUUCAGGAUAGUCGCUAUGAAAUGCCCAGUGCCAGCGCUGCU